GAGGAGACAACAGCCUACUCAGUGCUGCCGCCAUGUUGGGUCGGAGUGAGGUGAAGGAAGUUGGCGUCGGGUGGUGAUUUCUUUGCACCUUCACCGCUUAAAGGAUUUGUUUUUCUUCUACUCAUACUCUACAAGCUGUUUCGGCGACGAAACGGCAUCCAAACGGCGGUAAUACCAUCUCCAAAAUAUGCCUGUCGUAACUGGUAUCGACCUAGAUGCGAAUGGCUACUUUAUUUGUUGCAGCAGUAACAGAAGAUUCUGGAUGAACAGUUGUUUGCCACUGAGGAAGGAAUCUUGGUAUCUUUCAAUUUCAGCUGCAAGUGUAUAGUUUGUGCAUUGGCAUGAAUCGUUACACCACUAUGAAACAGCUUGGAGAUGGAACAUAUGGCUCUGUUCUCAUGGGAAGAUGUAUAGAUUCAGGCGAACUGGUAGCCAUUAAAAAAAUGAAGCGGAAGUUCUAUUCGUGGGACGAAUGUAUGAAUCUCAGAGAAGUCAAGUCACUGAAGAAAUUAAACCAUGCAAAUGUAAUCAAGCUGAAAGAAGUUGUAAGAGAAAAUGAUCACCUCUAUUUUGUGUUUGAGUAUAUGAAAGAAAAUCUCUAUCAGCUGAUGAGAGACAGAAACCACUUGUUUCCUGAAUCAUCCAUAAGAAACAUCAUGUAUCAGAUACUUCAAGGUUUGGCUUUUAUCCACAAACACGGAUUUUUUCAUCGUGACAUGAAACCAGAAAACCUCCUUUGUAUGGGACCAGAGCUUGUAAAAAUAGCUGAUUUUGGUCUAGCUCGUGAAAUUCGAUCUCGUCCACCGUACACUGAUUACGUAUCUACAAGAUGGUAUAGAGCCCCUGAAGUUCUUCUUCGGUCAACAAAUUACAGUUCUCCUAUUGACAUGUGGGCUGUAGGUUGUAUUAUGGCAGAACUCUACACAUUAAGACCACUUUUCCCUGGGUCUAGUGAAAUAGAUGAGAUUUUCAAAAUUUGCCAAGUUUUAGGAACACCUAAAAAGAAUAAUUGGUCAGAAGGCUAUCAGCUUGCAGCAGCCAUGAACUUCCGCUGGCCUCAGUGUGCGCCAAAUAACCUCAAGACUCUGAUUCCUAAUGCAAGUGGUGAAGCCAUUCAACUGAUGAGGGAUAUACUGCAGUGGGACCCUAAGAAGCGCCCAACUCCAAGCCAAGCACUGCGAUAUCCCUAUUUCCAUGUUGGCCAAGCUCUGGGAACUCCUCAGCAAGUGCAAGAGCAAGGGAAACAGCAAAGAGAAAUGCAUAACAGGCACACGGUUAAUCAGCUGAAGCCUGUGCCACCACCUCAACCGCCAGCCCUGCUUAACCCCCAUCCACCCUCAAGGCAGUUACAGCAAAUUACUCCCUCUCAGCACCAAACUAGUGUGCAGCAAGCCAAUAUAACAGGCUCACAUGACAGUGGCAACAUCAAUGAACCAACAAAACAGCAUCAAAAUAUUCUACCUCCAAUAAACAUCAAAGUGUGUAAAAAAGUAAUCAAGACAGAGGAUAAUAUCUGCAGUAGCACCAAGCCAAAUGGCAGUGCUCGACGAUGGAGUCAUACUAUUUUGAAAGAUUUCAGCAACUGGAAUGAUUCUGGAGGCUUGGAAUUUGUUUCUUCAGCUAAAAAUGCAAAUUUGAAUGAUAAAAAACGCCGAACUCAAGAAUCGCAGUUGAAAAUGGAAAACUGUUUAGACUUUACUCCUUCAAAUACUAAAUCAAGUAGUAAGAACGUGCCGACAGAUAAUCUGCCUCAAGCGGAUGCGACUUCUAGAGUUUCGUCAGCCAAGUAUCACUAUCUGAAACAAUCAAGAUAUCUGCCAGGAAUUAAUGCCAAGAAAACCCCAUUUGCCAAUAUAGGUAAAGAUUUCAACGUUCAUAAUCUCUGGGCCAACUCUAACUUUUCCAAUAAACCUUUAGGAGUUGUUGAAGGAGCACUUCCCCUCAGCUGUACCAACACAGUUUAUGCCUCUGGCACUGAUGCCUCUGGAGGAUACACGUCAACGUUUCGUAAGAAAGAAGUUGGAUCUGCUGGCCAAAGAGUGCAGCUAGCACCAGUUGUGGAAACCGACUCCAAUUAUGCAUCUUGGAAAUCCAGCCGAUCAGAAAUGGGAUAUCAGCCAUAUAAUUCUUCAAGCAAAAGCAUCAGUGGGUUAAUGCCACACGCGCAUCCAAUACAUGGACGAAUUGACUGGUCGUCCAAAUAUGGAGGACAUAGAUAAAAAUAGAUCUAAAUAACCUUUAGAUACAAGUCAGGAGUACUACUUUUUUCAUGAUAUCUACUGAAUAUUAAUUUUAUAAGUGGAAAAUUUGCCACAUUUAAAGUUAAAAUUCAAACAAUUGCAUUUUGGAAUAGUUAGUUUUUUUCCAUUAUAAUUCGUGUUUGUCCUACCCCUGGAAAAAUAUUUUUGCAAGAGCUUUUUUUUUAAUAUUUACUGGUUAAUAAUUUAAUGUUUUUUCUAUCUUUUUGUACUUCUGUAUAUAUUGUGCAAUGUAUAUAACAAGUUUCAGGGUUUGUUUAUUAAAGUGCAUUAAGUAUUAUGUUAAAGGACAGGGUAAUAGACACGUGCAGAUAUAUUUGCAUAUGAAAGAUACUCUGACAACUCUGAUUUGGAAUGCACUACAUGUGGGAGUUAUUGAAAUUUGUCUGUGGCAAUUAGGAGGCAUUUUCUUAAAGGGAGAAUUUAUUGUAAAGUUUGAAGUAUCCUUGAAAAGCAAACCUGUUGAGUAAUCUAUUUUUAGAAAACGGAAGAUUAAAAUAUUUGCAUUGCUUUCUGUAUCUUUUAAGCACAAAUCAUUCUCCUUCUUGGGAACAGACUGCAGUUCUACCCUGGAUGCCUCCUGAUGUUACUAGCAAAAAAAAAAUUGCACUUUUCUUCCUUUGUAUUGAGGAAGAUUUCUUUCCUCUAAGGGCUCGAGUGAUUAAAAUAUUGCCACAUGGAAAUGUCUAACCACAAACCUUUUAUCCUGCCACUAAAUGACAACAACACAUUUACACCCGUGCCCUCCACCACUGUCCAUCGCUGCCUCUUCUUUCCAUAUCCAAACCCUCCUUCAAUAGCUUUCAGUUGGCAUUGGAACUAAUAUGUGUAGUCCAUUUAUCCUGAAAAUCAAGUCACAUAAAAACUGUACGGAUAUUCUGCUAGUAUUUCCCUGGUAAGAAAUGCUUAGGAAGAUUUUAAUUAGCUUCUUUAAUAAAACUGAGGCAUUUUAUUCCCAUUUUUCUUCAAGCUUCGCAGAUUGGUUUAAUGGUUGACCUGAAGGUAUUUCUUUGACCAUCUUCAUGAGAGUCUUGCAGCUAGCCAGAAAUUAUUUUUCCUUCCUCUGUCAAUGUAAUGAAAAUCUGAUAACUGGUCUGUGCUAAGCUUAUAGCCCAGCUAUAGGGGAAAAAUAAAACCAGAUACGAAUACGUCACUGGUUCUUCGUGAAGCUAGUUUUGGUGUUCCAAAUUAAACAUUGAAUUUUUACUAAUGCAUUUUAUAUUUGGAAUGUUUUAAGUAAUUUUUUUUCAGAUUUGUCUUUACGUAAGUUAUAGUUGUCUUUGUGGUGGUGGGGUGGGAUUACCCAUUUUCUUUCUCAUAUUUUUGCAAAUCUUUCUACUACUUAGAACAGAAAAAUAACAAGAUGCUUUUGAAAGCCUAUUUUAAUAUCUGCAACAGUCUUAUUAACUAUUAUAACUCAUAGCAUCUGAUUAGCUAUGCCUUAGUAAUGAAAUCAAAAUGCAUUGUAGCAAUGCAGGGAAUUACAUACGUUAAAUAAGCUUGGUAUUCUUUUGCUAGUUACAUUUUAAGAUUAUUGAUUCAAAUUUUCUAUAAAUAUACCGUGCUGUUAAUUUGAAAGAUCUACUGUUGUAACUAAUGUUUCUGAGACAAACUCAGAUGUCAAUAAUAAAAUUAUUAGUUUUGAUUAUUACAUUUUUUGAGAAUUAGCAGUCCAUUCAUACAACCAUUGGUUACCAAAUUCUUUGUGGCCAUCCACUGCUUGUCUAGUUUGUAUCAAGUUUAUCUGAGAGAAUGAUGUGUAAGACUAGUAUAAAAGUACUUCCCUUCAACCGUUUGGUUUUUGAACCAACCAGCACAACUCAUAAUCAAUGCAGUUUAACAACACUAUAGCCACUGUAAUCACAUUGCACUACAGUCGACCUUCACUAAUCCGACUACCUGUAAUCUGGUUCCUUCGAUAAUCUGGCAUUGAUUUCAAAUUUUCUGUGCAACUGUAAUUUCAAAUUUCCUGGGCCACCGUACCAACUGCCGUGCAUUGUUUUGGUUGCGCUAAACCUGUUCACAUGUUGGUGCACUCUUGUAAGCACAGACAGGUGAUUCCUGCUUGUCUUCCUGCAUUUAUUAAUAUCAUUUGCAUGCGUUGUGGCCACCCGGCACCCGCCCGUGGUGGGGGAACUGGUGCUCGCUGGGUCAGUCCAUCUUCUCACCCACCCGCUGGCAGUUGCUCACUGCCCUCUGGUGUCGCCUGAUUGGCACACCGUUCUCUUCUGCCUACAACCUCAGAUCAGACAUGGCGACCUGCUCAAUUUAAGCAUAUUACUAAGUGGAGGAAAAGAAAUGAGGAUUCCCUCAGUAACUGCGAGUGAAGAGGGAAGAUCCCAGCGUCAAAUCACUGGCAGCUUGGCGGUCACAUGGAAUGUGGGGUAUAGAAGACCUCCUUUCUCCGACUUCUGCUUCAGCUCACCCAGAUGUGCUGCCACCAUUAUCAACAGUUUUUGAAGAAACUGUUGUGCCAGUUUCAGCACCAGUUCCUGAUGCUUCACUCAUUUUUCAAGACGAAGAUGUUGAUGAUCCUGACAACACCACACUUGCAGACAUUUAACUUUGCCUGAAGGUAUAUUAAACGUCUCACUUUAGAAGUGGAAGUGCUCAAGUAUAAGUUAAUUCCUGUACAUUUACCUAUAUCCUUUAUUUUAUCUGUGCCUGUACAGUAUAUUCUUUAUUAAAAUUUUACUUGCUACUCAUUUAAUAUUUGUUUCAUUAUUAUCUAACUUGUAAUAAUUUACAUGAUAUUUUAAAGAUAUGAUGAGGUGGUUAGCUAUUGCUUGAUGUAUUCCUUCUGUAAUUCGGCAUUUCACUAAUCCGGCACUCCUCAGAUCCCAAUGGUGCUGGAUUAUAGGAGGUCGACCCAUAAAAUAGACUUUGUUUUCUUCAUUACAUUAAUAAAGAUACUCAUUUUGU